GCCACGUGUCUCUCUUGCUCCCCAGAAUUAGGGAAUGCCGUGAGCUAGGGCAAGAAGCUCCGGCGCGCGGAUGAGCGAGAAUGCGGGGUCUCCGGCGGGCGGGGGAUUGAUGGCACUGGCAGGGCGGAAGAUCUUCCUCAGCACAUUCAUGCGCCGCGGCUCAAUCUGGGCGCCGACGCUGCUGCUACUGCUCGCCUAUCUCGUCCUCCACGGUGCCAGCAAUGUGUUCUUUUUCGAGUCUCGGGCAGUCGUCCAGAGCAUCGGCCCAGCUGCCAGGCACCUCAAAUCCUCCGAGAGCUUGAUUGCGCUGCCGGUAAGCGAGUCCCGGCCUCUUAGAAUCUUCAUGCAUGAUCUGCCUAGCAAAUUUACUUACGGGGUAGUGGAGCGCUAUCUUAGAUCCAGAGGGAUUGCUAGGAACGACAAGAGAUUGAGGUAUCCAGGGACGCAGCACAGCGCCGAGUGGUGGCUUUUCUACGAUCUAGAACAGGGAGAGGACAGGAGGCUGAGUGAUUCGUCGGUGAGAGUGAUGAAUCCGCAAGAGGCCGAUGUGUUCUACGUGCCGUUUUUCUCGUCCUUGAGCUUGGUGGUCGGGAAUGGCAAGAGUGAGGACGAUGAAGAUCCUUACAGUGAUGAAGAUACCCAGGAAGAACUCAUGGCAUGGCUGGAAGAACAGGAAAGCUGGAAGAAAAACAAGGGAAGGGAUCACGUAGUGAUUUGCCAGGAUCCAAAUGCCUUGAAAAGGCUGAGGGAUCGUCUCAAGAACACGGUUCUUUUGCUCUCUGACUUUGAGAGGUUUAAGCCGGAUCAAGCUUCUCUAGUCAAGGACGUGGUUCUUCCAUACACUCAUCGGAUCGACUCAUACUCCAACGAAAACGUAACUCUCGACCGGGACACGCUUCUGUUCUUCAUGGGAAACCGCUACAGGAAAGAGGGUGGUAAGAUCCGAGACCAGUUGUUUCAAGUCUUAGAUGUCGAGCCUGACAUGGUGAUGAAACACGGCACGCAAUCUCGCGAAGGACGCAGGCUCGCGAAAGUUGGAAUGCAAACUUCCAAGUUUUGCUUGCAUCCUGCUGGUGAUACUCCAUCGGCUUGCCGGCUCUUCGAUGCGAUCGUGAGUGUUUGCGUGCCGGUGAUCGUGAGCGACGACAUCGAGCUCCCGUUCGAGGACGAGCUCGAUUACUCCGAGUUUGCGAUCUUCGUUCCUUCGAUCAACGCUUUGGAGCCAGGAUAUCUUGGCUCCUACUUGAGGAGUAUCUCUCCAGAUUUGCUCAAGCAAAAGCAGCAGCGGCUUCGCGAGGUGAGAAAGUAUUUCGAGUAUGAAGAGAAAGGGGGCGCAGUAGAAAUGAUCUGGCUCCAAGUGAAGAAAAAGCUUCCUUUUAUACGGACGAUGAUAAAUCGUGACAAGCGCCUCGUGGAGAGGAGCUCGGGGAACUGCUCGUGUAUAUGUUCGUAGAAUAUACUUUGUACGAAAAAAGAAUAAUCCUGACCAAAAAGAUUCGCU